AUGACAAACGUUUUUUUUAAGAUAGGUGACGUUGUGCUACCAAAAUGGGCCUCAUCUCCUGAGGAGUUCGUUCUACUUCACCGACAAGCUCUUGAAAGUGACCUGGUGAGCUGUCAGCUGAAUCAGUGGAUCGACCUCAUCUUUGGUUAUAAGCAGAAGGGCCCUGAGGCAGUUCGUGCUACGAACGUCUUCUACUACCUCACCUACGAAGGUGCCGUCUGCCUGAAGUCUAUCGAGAGUGCCACCCAGCUUGAAGCUAUUCAACAACAAAUCACCUCUUUUGGUCAGACCCCUGUCCAGCUGUUGGCCGAAGCCCAUCCACCGCGGCAUUCCGUGAUGACUAUGGCUCCACUGAUGUUCCGUCGCUGUGAGGACGAUUUGUGCAUGUUGAUGAAAUUCAUCUCUAACAGCCCUGUCAUCUUUUUGGCUGCCAACACUUUCCAGCAACUUCCACAACCUACCGUUGUCUCCGUCGCCCAAAACCUUGUUUUCGCUCUGAAUCGAUGGGAUAACUCGUACACAUAUGGUGCAGUUACAAGGAGCGCGCUAUGCAUGAGUGGUGACAAAGCUGGCGAAGCUGAAAGUGCAACGGUAAGCUGA